AUGCCGGUUGUUGAUGAUCUCGAACAGCUCGUUAUGAAGGUGGGUCGUCUCAAAGUUCUCUGGAUCCACCAGAUGCCCCCAGUCGAGGCGAUUCGUCACGAACAUGGAGAUCCCCUAAUGGGUCGAUCAUGCAAUGAAAUUGUCACCAACUUUCACCAACGACGGAGGAAUGGGAAAAAUGGGACGAACCUUUUCCCUGAGAUUCUCGCAGAAUGCCAUGUCGGGAUCCAGAAGGUUCUUGAUGGGGCGAAAAUUAUUUCAUCUUCUCAUUUUGAGUCAGAGUACAUGCUCGGCAGGAAGAUCGUGUUCCUGUGUGUUUCCAAGGGGAAUCCCAGGCCCAGAAUCACAUGGCUUAAGGACGGCGUUGAGCUCUAUGCGCACACUUUCUUUCAUGUGCACGAAUGGAGAAUAGAGACGGAUACAGUGAAAAGCAAGAUGGAGAUAGACCCAGCAACUCAAAAGGAUGCUGGGAUUUACGAAUGCCAGGCAGACAACAAAUACGCAGUGGACCGCAAGGCCUUCCGGACCGAUUAUGCCAUCAGCAUCGAUUAGACGGGCAGACUGACAUAACAAGACACUCAUCCAUGGGAUCCUCACUAAAAGACACUCGUACGAGAACGAGAGUGUCAACUAGUGAAAAGAUGAGCGAGUCUUACCUCUUUUCUCCCUGGAUGAUGUCCAUGUAAUCGAAGGAGCGAGCGUAGAAACCAUCCGACGUGAGUGCUCCCCAAAAAUUACUCCAAGCUCGGUACGGCCUUAUCAUCAGAGGGGCCAACACGGUCCUGCAAAUCGAUUCGUCAUCGCAUCAAGUGCCGUGUCAAAUCGAUAUCCCUUUAUUUGUCUGUGUCAGUUGAGGAAGCAAAGAUGAUACCUGCUCCUUCCCACGUCAUUGCUUUUUUUAAUGCUAAAAUGUUCAAUUGGAAAUGUACCGG